AUGACCACAUCAGCCAUCUCUGAAGCUAGUGCGCUGGCUGCAACUGUUCCUCUCAUAAUUGAUAACAAAGAUGUCAUAACUUCAGAUACCUUCGAUGUCAGUAAUCCUGGAAAAGGUCGCGUGGAGCACAAAUCCAGUGCUGCUGUUGUCGAGCAUGCCACACUCGCCAUCGAAUCGGCGGAAAAGGCCUUUCUAGCAUGGUCCUCGACCAAGCCUGCUACGCGCAGGGACAUACUAUUAAAGACAGCGGAUAUUUUCCUUGCCAGGAAGGAUGAAUUCGUAGGAUAUAUGUGUGAAGAGACCGGUGCUCUGGCCGAAUUUGCAGAGUUUAUCCUGAUGCUUGGUGUGAACCUCUUGAAAGAUGUUGCAGGAAAGGUGUCAGGAAUCGAAGCUACGUCUCCUGCCUUGCUGCAAGAGGGUACAGGUGCACUUGUUUACAAGCAGCCCUAUGGUGUUGUAUUGGGUAUUGCUCCUUGGAAUGCGCCCUAUAUCCUCGGUACCCGAGCCGUGGCACUUCCCCUCGCAGCUGGAAACACUACAAUUUUGAAAGGCUCCGAACUAUCUCCAAAAUGUUUUUGGGCUAUUGGGGAUGCAUUUAGACAAGCCGGAUUGCCUGAUGGUUGUCUCAAUGUUCUAUAUUCCCGGCCUUCGGAUGCCCCAGAAGUGACUGAAACCUUGAUUGCUCACCCCGCAGUCAGGAAGUUAAGCUUCACCGGAAGCACAGUUGUUGGACGUAAGGUUGCUUUGAUUGCGGCACAACAUAUCAAGCCGGUGAUAUUAGAGUUAGGUGGAAAGGCCCCCACAGUCGUCCUUGAGGAUGCCGACAUCGAGAAGGCGGCUUUGGGCGCUACGCUUGGCUCAUUCAUCCACACUGGCCAAGUAUGCAUGUGCACUGAACGAAUCAUCGUACACAGGUCUAUCGUUGACAAGUUCCGCGAAGCUUUGAAAGCUACGAUCAAUAAUGUUCUCGGUGGCCCAAGCACUCAACUUGUGGCGAUCAAUUCAGCUGCCAUUUCCAAGAACAAGGAUUUGAUUCGGGAUGCGAUAUCUAAGGGUGGCAAGGUUUUGAUUGGAGAUCUCGAUAUCCAAGCAACCUCCGAUACUCGCAUGGGAGCAAUUGUUGUUGAGAAUGUUACCAAAGAUAUGGACAUCUACAAGACCGAGUCAUUUGGUCCGACCGCGUCAUUUUUCGUGGUUGGCAGUGAUGAUGAGGCAAUCAAGAUUGCCAAUGAUACAGAAUAUGGCCUGAGUGCUUCCGUGUACACUGAAAGCCUAGCCAGGGGUUUGAGCGUGGCCAAGCGAAUAGACUCUGGAGCGGUUCACAUCAACUCUAUGAGUGUUCACGACGAAGCAGCUCUUCCUCAUGGUGGAGUCAAGAGCAGCGGGUAUGGGCGUUUUGGAACCAACAUGUUAGACGAGUUCUUAUGGACCAAGUCUGUGACUUGGUUAGAAUAG